GUAUAAAUUGAUCUAGAUCGUAAUCGAAUAACUGCGGGUGACGAUAACGCUCAGAUCGGACGGACAUCUUGCCUUUCAGGAACAGGAACUUACUAAGCCAAAGUGAGACUAGUGCUUCCGGCGACCCAAAAAGCCAGUUUAAACGAACCCCCUCAACACCAGAACCUCCGAUCUGGGUCCAGACCUCCAAUUGUAUCGUCGUCAGAGCCUUCGUGUUCAAUGUCGAGAGUACCUGCUGGACUGUGGCAGAAUCUUAUCGCAGUCCAGGUCUAUGGCGCGAACACGGGCGUUGGGAAGACCGUCUUUUCCACACUCCUCGGCGCGCACUUCGUGAAGAGGGCUGGUCGCACGAGAUGGAGCCUACACUAUAUUAAACCUGUCUCUACUGGGCCGGCGGGCGAGGCUGAUGAUAGGUACGUCCGAAAGUACACCGGGCUGUCCGUAUCGACGCUUUUCAAAUUCAGGGAUCCUGUGAGCCCGCAUGUUGCGGCUCGCAGCGCCGACCAUAUCCCCAGCGACGAUCAUCUCAACCAACGUCUCUACGCUAAGCUUAAGAAUGACGCUCGAGCGUACUCCAUGGCGCGAGGGCACAUGGGCGUCGCCAUCAUAGAAACAGCAGGAGGUGUCUUAAGCCCAGGCCCUUCGGGAACUCCCCAAGCUGACAUCUUCCGGCCGAUGCGGUUGCCGGUCGUUCUCGUCGGCGACCAUCGACUUGGAGGUAUCGCGUCCACCAUAUCAGCAGCAGAGUCGCUCAUCAUCCGCGGCUACGACAUUGACGCCGUCAUAUGUUUCGAUGACGGUGGGAAAUACGAGAAUUCCCAGUAUCUCCAAGGGCACUUCGACAAGAUGGGCAUCCUCGCAUUCGAGCUUCCCUGGAUCCCGGAUCUGGUGGGCCUAUCAGAGAUAGAAGAAAAAGAGGCGAUGAGAGGUUACUACGAUACGUGGAGCAGGCAAGGGCGCAUGUUCAAAGUGGCUAGACGGAUCAUUGAUCGGCAUAUCGAGCGUCUCGCGAGUAUGAAUAAUCUCGCCCGCCGUACGAAGAAAUCGAUAUGGCAUCCCUUCACACAGCACAAAAGCAUCGAAAAGGCGGAUGAUAUCCUAGUCUUCGACUCCGCAUACGGCGAUUACUUCCAGACCAAGCACACUGGAAGAUCCAUGAACAGCGUGGACCACGUGGGUGAAGUUCCGCUGCUCUAUCCGGCUUUCGAUGGCUCGGCAUCCUGGUGGACACAAGGCCUCGGCCACGGAAACCCACAGCUAUCCCUUGCCGCAGCGUAUGCCGCUGGACGGUACGGCCACGUCAUGUUCGCCGGCGCUACCCACGAGCCAGCAAUCACUCUUGCAGAACGGCUUCUAGUGGGCCUCGAGAACCCUCGGCUAACGAAAUGCUUCUACAGCGACGAUGGCAGCACAGCUGCCGAAGUAGGCAUCAAGAUGGCUCUCAGAGCGGCGUGCAAGCGGUACGAUUGGGAUGGCUCAAAGGAAGAUAUUGGAAUCCUAGGCCUCAAAGGGAGCUACCAUGGCGAUACGAUCGGCGCCAUGGACGCAUCUGAACCUUGCGUCUAUAACAAGAAGGUUGAUUGGUACCGAGGCCGAGGCCAUUGGUUUGACUUUCCAACGGUCAAGAUGAGGAAAGGAAAGUGGCUCAUUGAGUCACCAGCGGGCAUGGAGGAAGAAUUCGGCCCCGCGCAGUACUUCGGGAGCUUAGAUGAAGUAUUCGACUUUGAGAAAAGGGGUCGUUCCCCACGGUACGAGAAGUAUAUUGAGAGUCUCCUGGAUAAGAUUGUCAAAGAGCAGAGAAGGAAGUUCGGCGCCCUGGUCAUGGAACCCAUCAUCCUCGGUGCCGGUGGCAUGAUCUUCGUAGACCCACUCUUCCAACGAAGCCUCGUCCAAGUAGUUCGCAACUACCCCUUCGCGUCUCCCGCCUCACCCACAUCCACAGCGUUAGAAGAAGAUCCUCAUACCUGGACCGGAGUCCCGGUCCUCUUCGACGAAGUCUUCACUGGCCUCUACCGCCUCGGCCGCUUUAGCUCCGCCUCCUUCCUUCAAGUCCACCCUGACAUCUCCAUCCACGCUAAACUACUAACCGGCGGUCUUCUCCCGCUAAGUGUGACGCUCGCCAGCGAAAGCAUCUUCCAAGCCUUCUGGGGCGACGAAAAGGCAGACGCCUUGCUGCAUGGCCAUAGCUACACCGCGCAUCCGAUCGGCUGUCAUGUCGCGAAUAAGAGUUUAGACGCGAUGAGGGAGUUGGGUGGGGGUUAUGCGUGGCGAGGAUACCAGAGGAAUUGGGCGGUGGCUGACGCGAACGGAAGCAGUGAAUGGGAAGAGAAAUUGACCAUGAGAGCGCCGGCACAGGAUUCUAUUUGGAGCAUGUGGAGUAAGAAGUAUGUUACGGAGCUCUCGCAUCAUCCACGCGUGGACCAUGUUUUCGCUAUCGGUUCGGUGCUCGUUGUGUCGUUGACUGAUAAGUCUGGAUCGGGAUACACAUCCAACGCCGCCAUUGGGCUGCGCGAUGCGCUUCUCAAUGACGUCUCCAACACAAGGGUCAGCGUGCACUCUCGUGUGCUAGGAAAUGUCAUCUACCUUAUGGCGAGCAUGACGUCGAAGCCGGGUCACUUAGUGGCGGUCGAAGAUGCGUUGCUACAGAAGCUGAAUGCGAAGGUUGUGGACGGGGACUAAAGAGGGGAAGUUCUGGUAGCGGGGCUUGGGGUGUACACAUUUCAGUGGGUAGUAAAUGGUACUGAGGGUAUACCAACUAAGAAAACGUGGGUUGAUUUAGUUGAGUAAAGCAUUGUGGAGAACUUUGGGAUGAAUAAGUAAAUCACGAGUCCUAAUUUUUGCAUAUGGGUGAUGUGCAGCAGCAAAAGAUGUUAGCCAGCAGUUUUUUCUAUUCGAUGUAGCUUAUCUACGAGAUGUAGU